AUGGUUGAGGUUCAAACACUUGUCCAGCCGGACAUCCAAUACCACCCCGACUACACCAAAUACACAGCCCGCACCGAGCGUCGCAUCGCAACUGAAACCUUGCCCAAGACUUUGCCCCAAGGAUUCCCCGAGCAUCUGGACUCUCCCUUGGUAUGGGAGGGAACAGAAGUAGAGAAACGCGAUGAAUGGAUCUACCAAUUGAAUGAUGCGCAGCUUGACGAAAUCGACCAAGCCCUGCAGUUCUUCAAAUCCAAGAACCUCUCCCUAGGUUCAAUCAACCAAUCCACCUUCCCCUUACCAACCCUCCACCCCAUUCUUCGCGAUCUUUCCCGCGAAAUCCACCUAGGCCGAGGCUUCGUUGUCGUCCGCGGCCUGCGCAUCGACCACUACACCCGCGAAGACAACAUUAUUAUCUACGCCGGCGUGUCCUCCCACAUCGGGAACUACCGCGGAAGACAAGAGGACAACCGUGUUAAGGGCACACCCUCCCGUGUGCUAUCCCACAUCAAAGAUAUCUCCAACAAAGUCCAGCCGGGCACUAUCGGCGCGCCGUCCAACACCGCUGACAAGCAAGUUUUCCACACCGACUCGGGGGAUAUCAUCUCCCUGCUCUGUCUCCAGGAAGCUGCAGAGGGCGGAGAAAGCAAGCUUGCUAGUAGCUGGCACGUCUACAACAUUCUUGCUAGGGAGAGGCCGGAUUUGAUUCAUACGCUUACGCAGGAUUGGCCGUUCGAUGGAUUCUCCAAUCCCACACAGCCAUACAGCACCCGCCCCCUUCUCUACCACCAACCUGCCACAUCUAGCACCCCGGAGCGAGUGCUGAUCCAAUACGCCCGCCGCUACUUUACAGGCUUCAUGGCGCAGCCUCGCUCGACCAACAUCCCGCCCAUCACUGAAGCACAGGCAGAAGCACUCGAUGCACUGCAUUUCCUGGCUGAGAAGCACAGUGCCUCGCUUGGAUUCCAGAAGGGAGAUAUUCAGUAUGUGAACAAUCUGAGUAUCUUUCAUGCGAGAAAUGGGUUUACGGAUGGGCCUGGGAAGGAGCGCCAUUUACUCCGACUUUGGUUGAGGGAUCCUGAGUACGCAUGGGAGACUCCGGAGCCGUUGCGGAAGAGAUGGGAUAGUUUGUAUAAAGAUCUAGAGCCGGAGGAGCAGGACUUUCCUCUCGAGCCGAGGAUUAGGGGGAAUACGACCUCCUAG